AUGGGGUCGUCUCAAGCGUUUGGGUCGGCUCAAGCUUUCGGCUCCCCACUACACGAACCCGAUGUUGUUCCGGAGACGCAACCCGAGAUACCGGAUACGCAACCGGAGACGCAAAAAGGAAAAGGAAAAGCAAAACGGGCACAUAAAAAGAAAGUGGAAACCAACACCCGAGCGAAAAAAAAAUCAAACAAUCAAAGUAAAACCGAAUUUUGGAACCGAAUACGAGAACUUUUUUUCGAUCUCAUGGGUAGAGGAGAGGAAUACCGCCUACCGGACUCUAUAUCGGGGAAGUGGACCGAUAUAAACAGGAAAUGCACAAACUUUCAAACCGUGUACCAACGCUUGUUUUCCGGAUGGAAAAGUGGAAGUAGCGAUGAAGACAUUACGCAACAGGCAUUGGUCGAGUAUACGGAGGCUAAUGGCCAUUUCCCGCACAUGAGGUGUUGGCAAAUCCUUCGCCAUAGCCCCAAAUGGGCCACCGUAUCUACUCCAAGUGGUCGUUCGGGAAAUACACGGCCAUCAAAGAGGUCCAAAACAAACGAGUCGGGUGAACCCGAAACGCCAACCUCCGAUGCUCGAAAUACCGACUUGAACGAGGAUAUUCCGGACGACGAGCCGGUGGAGGAGCUACCAAGACCGCCCGGAAGAAAAAGCCGGGCGAAAAAACCCGAGUCGUCGUCGAUGUCUAUGGGAACGGAUAUGAGUAACGCAUUUUCGGAGAUAAACAAGCGACUUCAAGACAUACAUGAACUCGGUAAUAAACGUUUGGAGGAGAACCGCGAAGUUACGGAGAUUAUGCGGGAUAGACAAUGGGCUCACGACUUUGAGUUCUACUCGAAACCGCAUGACCACUUAACGGGAAAAGCUUUGAAAAUGGCGUUGGCACAAAAGGAGCGGAUUGAAAAAAAAUAUAACCUUUGA